AAACGUCACUGUAGUGAGCCAUUUUAAGCGUACCAAUAUAAGUUAGCCACAAUUGUAUCAUUGUGUUAAACCGAGCCGUUACCAUUUACAACUUACCACCACAUACCAAAAAAAAAAAGAAAUUCUGUGUACAUUUCCGAUUUGACCCUUUUGCAAAGCAACGAUUAGUAAUUUGCAAUAUUUUUGACAACCACAACAAACAACAACAACAAUUUCUUGUUAGUUUCAAUUAAACGCUUCAUCAUUCAAUGAUCUUAGUUCUACGCCCACUAUGAUCUUGGUUAAUAGAAAUACUAGUGCUUCUACUAAUACCACCACCAUGGAUGGACCCACCACUAAGAUCACCAAUUCUAAUCCACAAACACCAGUAUCAUCAGACAACCACAAUACUACUACCACUACCACUGCCAAUGACCACGACAAGAAACCCAAAUUCAACAUACUGACAUUCUUUAAAAAGAUUCCAAACAUUAACAUUGCAUCGUCCAUAAACAGUUCUAGCUUAAUAAGCAGCAGCUCAAGUACAAGUAGCAGCUCGAGCAACCCCAAUAAGUAUCAAUCGUCCUUAU